GGGUUUAGCCAAGGUCCUCGUAUAUAUUUGGAUCCGCCGAACAAGGCAUCUUCUUCGCUGCUCAUUUGGAAAACGCAAGCUACCACAGAUUUAGAGUUUAUCCACCUUAUCUUUCGCCGAGAUCCAACAAUGGCUGAUGUGGAACCAGAGGUUGCAGCAGCAGGAGUUCCAAAGAAGAGAACGUUCAAGAAAUUCGCCUUCAAAGGAGUCGAUCUCGAUGCUCUUCUCGACAUGUCUACCGAUGAUCUUGUCAAGCUCUUCUCUUCCCGUAUUCGCAGAAGGUUCUCUAGAGGAUUGACGAGAAAGCCUAUGGCUUUGAUUAAGAAACUCCGCAAGGCGAAAAGAGAGGCACCAGCUGGUGAGAAGCCAGAACCAGUGAGAACCCACUUGAGGAACAUGAUCAUUGUGCCUGAAAUGAUUGGAAGCAUCAUUGGUGUGUACAAUGGAAAGACUUUCAACCAAGUGGAGAUCAAGCCUGAGAUGAUUGGACAUUACCUUGCAGAGUUCUCCAUCUCGUACAAGCCAGUUAAGCACGGUAGGCCUGGCGUUGGUGCUACCCACUCCUCCAGGUUCAUCCCUCUCAAGUGAAGACCAUACAGAGUCUGUGUUGUGCUCUUGUUUUGUUAGAUCUCAUUAUGCAAUUAUAGGGUCCUCCUUCUUUGUCAGUUUUGGGACCAUUUUGUCUGUCUGUACUUCUCUGUUUGGCUACUCUGCUGCGAUUCUCUCUUCUUUAGAUGAGUCUAAACUCUUGUUCCAUUCGUUUAAAGAAGACUCAAAACUUUUUGGAAAAUCUACUAUCAGCAAUGGCUAGUUCAUACUCAUAUAUAGAUUUUUAUCCGUUCAUGCGUUGAAGGAGAUCAAGUUUACUACUGGUGGGCAGAGGUUGGAUAAUCGAAAUUCGGCUGUUCCGGUUACAAUUCGAUCUGUGUCAUCUGGAAACCUGUUGUCCCCGAGGGAGAUCAGAGCCUGGAGCAAGAACCAUACAUAGAAAAUAAUAUGUUUUUGUAUGAUGCAGAGUUGCAAACAACCUUUAACACAAUUAGACACACUUUGAGGAUUACAGUAGUAGAGAAUGUUUGUUUGUUACAAAUUGAUAAGAAAACUAUCGACUCGCAGGAGUUUAGGUGUGUUGUUGUUUACCAGGCAAUUAAAUCUGGAUUAUGAGGUUUCUCUAUCUAAUACUCAACGGCAAAUCCCGAGAUUCACUCACCAAUGACCAAAUCCCUUGAGAUAAAGUUUGUGCACGUCUUAUUUUCCAAAUAUAUGGGCCUCAAAGAA